ACAACCACCAAUCUCUUCUAGGUUUUUGGCUCACUACUUCCGUUGACUUCUCAAUCAACCUUCUUCCUUCCAAAGAAGAAACCAUGGCUGGCGCUUACAUUGUUAAUUCAAUGGUCCCUGCAGUGGCCUCUGCAUUCCUUCAGGUGGCGUUCGACAGAUUGGCUUCUCCUGCGGUAGUCAACUACUUCAUCGGGAGCAAUGAUGGGCUGCGAAAGAAUUUGAUCGUGGUGCUGAACUCUGCUGAUGCCGUGCUCAUUGAUGCAGAGGAGAAGCAAAUCACAAACCCAGCCGUGAAAAAGUGGCUGGAUGAUCUCAAAGAUGCUGUUUAUGUUGCGGAUGACCUCCUUGAUGAGAUCGCCACAGAAUCUGAGUUUCAAACUGGCACUAAUUCGGUACGUGACCUCUUCUCUUCUUAUUCAAAUACAUUUGACAAAAGGAUAACAUCAGAGCUGGAAGAGAUCCUGACUAGAUUGGAAUAUAUAAUGAAACAAAAGGAUGUCCUUGGUCUGAAAGCCUUUGCUGGUGAAGUACCACUACCACCACGACAAUUUACAACUUCUUGCCCUGAAGAAUAUGGUGUGUAUGGUAGGGAUAUUGAUAGGGAGGAAAUAUUUAAGAAGUUGCAAUCAAAUGGUGCAAGUGGUAAUGAGAUCUGUGUUGUUCCUAUAGUGGGCAUGGGUGGGGUUGGUAAAACAACCCUUGCUCGGUUUGUAUACAAUGACAACCGAGUAAAAGAUAAUUUUGAUCUCAAAGCAUGGGUGUGUGUUUCAGAAAAUAUUGAUUGUUUCAGAAUAGCAAAAACUGUUCUUGAGGAUAUCACUUUCUCUAAUUGUGACAUUCAAAACUUGAAUUUGUUGCAAAUUAGAAUAAGAGAGAAAUUAACGGGGAAGAGAUUUCUUCUCGUUUUAGAUGAUGUUUGGAAUGAGAACUAUAUUGCUUGGGAUGAGUUACUUCGAGUUUUUAGAUGUGGGGCACAAAAGAUUAAGAUCAUCGCUACAACUCGUAGUGAAAAAGUUGCAUCAAUUGUGUGCCCUUUUCCACCUCAUCAUCUAAAGCCAUUGUCACUUGAAGAAUGCUGGUUUUUAUUUGAAAAACAUGCAUUUGAAAAUGGAAAUUCUAGUGAACAUCUAGGUCUAGAAGUAAUUGGUAGAGAAAUUUCCCAUAAGUGUAAAGGCUUGCCUUUAGCCAUAAAAACACUUGGUGGUUUGUUACGCUCAAAACAAGACCCAAGUGAGUGGACGAGGAUUUUGGAGAGUGAUAUAUGGGAUCUACCAGAAGGUGAAAGUGGUAUCUUUCCAGCUCUAAGAUUGAGCUACCAUUACCUUCCAUCAUGUUUGAAGCGAUGUUUUACUUAUUGUUCAAUAUUUCCAAAGGAUUAUGAAUUUUCAAAGGAGCAAUUAGUCUUGUUGUGGAUGGCAGAAGAUUUAUUGCAACAAUCCAAAGGAAACGUCAAAAAAAUAGGUGAACAAUACUUUGAUGAUCUUGUAUCAAGGUCAUUUUUUCAACAAUCAAGUAAUAAUAAGUUGUUUUUCAUAAUGCAUGACCUUUUUAAUGACUUGGCAAAAUCUAUAUCAGGAGAAUUUUCUUUUAGGCUCGACAUUGACGAUCCAUCUGAAAUCACAAUAAAGACACGCCAUUUUUCAUUUUUUACAACUGGAUUUGAUGCCUCUAGGAAAUUUGGGAUGUCUUAUAAAGCCAAGGGUUUACGAACCUUCUUGGGAUUAAAAUCGUCAUUUGAAUGGUCUUCAACAAUUGAAAAGAUAACAAUGAAGGUGAUAGUUGAUUUGCUGGACAAUUUUAAGUGUUUACGAGUGUUAGCAUUGUCCAACUAUAAAAACAUAAGGGUACCUAAGUCUAUUGGUAAUUUGAAACAUUUACGUUAUUUGAAUCUUAGUAGCACUAGCAUUGAAAGCUUACCUGAUUCUGUGUGUAAUUUGUAUAAUUUGCAAACCUUGUUGUUGCGGGAUUGUUAUUCCCUUAAAGAGUUGCCAACCAACAUGGGAAGACUAGUAAACCUACGCUUCCUGGAUAUAAGAGGCACCAAUUUGAAAGAGAUGCCAUUAGAAAUGGGUAAAUUGAGAAGUCUCCAAAAUCUAAGUACUUUUUUUGUGGGAAAACAUAGAAAGUCUAGCAUUAGAGAGCUGGGGGAGCUUCGGCAUCUUUCUGGAACAUUGUCUAUAUCAAACUUGGAAAACGUCCAUUGCACUAAAGAUGUCAUGGAGGUUAAUUUGAAGGAAAAGAAGUACUUGUCAGAGUUGGAGUUGCAAUGGGGAUUGGGUCAUUUCAGCGAUAAUUCAGAAAAAGAAAGAAAUGUGCUUGAGAAGUUGCGUCAUCAUACAAACUUAAAGUCUCUAACCAUCCGAUGUUAUUAUGGUACAAGAUUUCCAAAUUGGUUAGGAGAUAGUUCAUUUUCUAAUAUUGUGUCCAUAAAGCUUUAUGAUUGCAAGAAUUGUUUCUCCUUGCCUCCACUUGGGAAGCUACCUGCCCUUAAGGAACUCUCAAUUGAAGGCUUUGAAAGAAUAUUAAGUGUGGACAGUGAAUUCUAUGGGAAUGGCUCUUUUGCAACUAAGCCAUUCAAAUCCCUUGAAACAUUAACAUUUACAGGGAUGCCACUGUGGAAGGAAUGGGAUACAUUUGAAGGCAAAUAUGAAGGCAGAGUAUUCUCUACUCUCCGAGAGCUUCGCAUUAUUAGAUGUCCCGAGCUAAUCAGAAGUCUGCCUAGUAAACUACCCUGUUUAAAUGUACUUGAAAUUAGAGAGUGUGACCAGCUUGUUGCUUCACUUCCUAAGUCUCUGGAUCUUCAUGAACUGCACUUGAAAGGUUGUGAUGAGGUGCAAUUGAACAAAUUACCACCUAGUCUCCGAAGUCUCACAAUUGGAGGAUGCCAUACCUCUCUCCCUGGAGGUGGUCUACCCACUUCAUUAAAGUCACUUGAAAUCUGUGGGAUAUUGCCAUUGCCAAGGGGUCAUUACUAUCCAUCACUUGAAAGCUUGAAGGUACAAAAGGGUCCCAAUUCACUCUGGUCUUUACCAUUAGAGUUACUGCCAAAGCUCAAAUUUGUCAAAUUGUGCAAUUGUAAAAAUCUUGAAUCUCUGUCAGCAUUAGAGGGACGUCAUCAAAAUCUCACUUCUCUCACUCGUUUGGAAAUCAGGGGUUGUCCCAAUUUUGUGUCCUUUCCCAACAGAGGACUUUGUGCCCUAAAUUUAACAAAUAUUGAAGUCAUUGAUUGCAAUAAAUUAACGUCACUGCCCGAAGGGAUGCACACCCUCCUCCCCUCUCUUAUGGUUUUGACAUUGCUUAGGUGUCCAGAACUCAAAUCGAUUGCUGAUGGCGGUUUUCCUUCCAAUUUACAAAGACUUGAGAUUUCCUACUGCGACGAACUCUUUCCCAGUUACAUGAAGUGGGGUUUACGGGGUCUUCACUCUCUCAAAGAAUUCAAAAUUGGAUAUGAAGGCACAAAAGUGGAUUCCUUUCCAGAUGAGGUUUUGUUGCCCGAUUCUCUUAUCAGCUUCUCCAUCAUAACUUUUCGACAUCUGAAAUCACUCAAUGGUAAGGGGUUUCAACACCUGAACUCGCUCGAAGAGUUGUCAAUGAGGUGGUGUGAUAAGCUCCAGUGCUUACCAGAGGGCUUGCCUGCCUCCCUUUCUUUUCUAUAUAUUGAGGAUUGCCCAAUGCUGAAUCAGCGGUGUCAGAGAGAUGAUGAAGACUGGUCCAAAAUUGCCCGCAUCCCCCACAUAGAGAUUGAAAAGAAAUUGAUUUCACCUAUGCCAUGAGUUCAUAAGCGCUUUUGUACAGUGUUUUAGCUGUAAAUAACAGGUGCCUUACACACGCCAUCAAUUUCAUGCUACUGCUAGCUGCUGAUCCUUUUGCAUUGUGUACAAACACCUAAAUGUUGAAAAAACAAACCACUUCACUCUCAUUCAUGUUGGAGCUGCUUUUGCCUAUAUAUACAUUCACUACAUUUUACUUCAAGACAAUCACUUUUGAGUGAAUGAUGAACCUAAGGUAAAUAUUGGGGCAGUUGUUAGUGUUGCGCAGUGCUUUCUAAGAGCAACUGAAACUCACUGCUCUUGUGGGGAGAGGCGCUUGUUCAGAUGAUCUCUUUUUGAGAUUUAGGAAUUGGUGGUGAAUGGGAAGAUGUGAAAUCCUCUCCAGAGGAAAAGUUACUGCUUUUGGUUCUUUCUUCCCUUCCUAACUUGAGAGAGCUCAAAAGAUUCAGCUCAUGACUGCUCCUGCUAUCCUCACUGGUUGGGGCUGUCAAACUCCUUUCUUACUACAAAAAUUUUAAUUUGUCCUAUGGUGGGAUAAUGGUGUCAGAGCCAGAGGGGGAAAACUGGCCCAUGAUUGCUCAGGUACUUCUUGCCUGACAGAUCAAGGUCAAUCUGGAGGCACUUUCAUGACUUGUCAUUUGCUCGAGGACACAAGUGAGGGGGUAAUUCAGGAGAAAGAGUAUUGUUAAAAGAGUAUUAGCGGUGGCAGCAUUCCAAAGUUCACCAGAGAGAUCAUGAUGAUUGGUCCAAAAUUGCGCACAUCCCCACAUAGAGGUUUUACCUAGGCCAUGAGUCCAGAAGCACUUUUUUUCAGUGUCACUUUCAGAUGUUAACAAGUGCCUCACAAACCCACCACCAAUUUCCGGUCGCUGCUAGCUGCUGAUCCUUUUGCAUCAUGUAAACGUUGGGGCAAUUGAUAACGAGUGUUGCUUCAAUUCCUUCUAAGAGCAACUGAAACUCACUGCAGAGAGGAACUUGUUCAGAUGAUCACUCUUUGAGAUUUAGGAAUUGGUGGUUAGCGGGAAAAGAUGUGAAGUCCACUCCAGAAGAUAAGUUACUGCUUUUGGUUCUUUCUUCUCUUCCUAAUUUGAGAGAGCUUAAAAGAUUCAGCACAUGACUGCUCCUGCUUUCCUCUCUAGUUGGGGUUGUCAAACUCCCUUCUAUGGUGAGAUAAUGGUUUCAGAGGCAGAGGUGGAAAAUUGGCCCAAGAUUUCCAUUAGAUCUUCAUUGAAAUAUUAGUGUUGGUAAAAGCGUGCUUAAGCACAAAGUCGCGCAAAGUCCAACGCUUUUUGCCUCUAAAGCAGGUGGCACUCAAAGAAGCGUGCUCUUUUUGCGCUUUUUCAAAAAGUUCAGUGUGUAUUUUUGGAUUUUUUUUUUAUUAUGUGUGCGUUUGGAUACAGCUUAUUUUGCUGAAAAUUGAAAUCUGAAAAAUGAAAACAAUAAAAAAAUAAUUUUUUUUACUGUUCAGCACUGUUCAUUGGCCUAAAAUCACUGUUCAUGGCCAAUGAACAGUGCAUAACGCGCUGGACUUAAAAAAAAAAGCCCAAAACGCGGACUCAGCUGCACUACCCAAACAGACCUUAUAUUUAAAAAAAGAAGAAACAAAAUUGAGUUAAAACUAUAGAAUGUUGACAUAAUUGAUAUAAACUAAUUUUAUGACAUAUUUUUAGUGUAACUUAUCAAAAUAAUAUAUUUGAGUGUAACUUGUUCUGAAACCCACAACCUCCUAGUUCUUCUCUAUUUUUAUUUUUAUUUUUUCUCAUUUAAUUGGCAUAUCUCCAUGCACAAAGUGUUUGGGGGUCUAAGGGAGAAAAUGUUCGAACUGCAGGAUUAGCAGCAUGUUGUAAUUAUUUUUCAAAAAAAAAAAAAAAAACUUCAUUAUUCUAUUUUUUUCCCUUUUGAA